AUCUCUGCCUCUCCGGUUAUUAGUGGUUACCCGUGCACGUACUGCAUACGGCGCGUACGGCUCGUUUUUCUUCACCAGCUCAACUGCCACCGCCAGCCAUCUAAACGCAAGACUGCAUCUACGGAUCGGGUCGUGCGAUCGGGAGCGUUCACUCCCCGGACACGUGCCAAGGAGAAAUGCAAGACUCCAUCCAUGCCUUUUCCCGUGAAAUCCCCGCCAGCGAGAGACCUCACCCUCACCCCGCCUCUUGGCUUCGGCUCGGUCGCUGCACCGUGCUGUUGCGCCAUCGGUUGUCAGUACAAACUACGAGCCGCUCCACGUCUCUCUCGGCCGGAGGGAAUCCUGCUGCCGCCUUCUCUUUCCGCCCUUAACUGCAUCCGUCCGUCCGACCGACCGGAUAGCGAGGCCGAGCGAGAGCGAGAGCGCGCGCGCGCGCGGGCUAGCUAGCCGGCUGCCUACAAGAUGAGCUCGGCGUCGGCAUUCCCGCCCCCCUCGCCGCCGUCGUCGAGCGCGGGCGUCCCGAUGGUGGUGAUCACCGUGGUGGGGAUACUGGCGGCGUUCGCGCUGCUGGCGGGCUACUACGCGUUCGUCACCAGGUGCCAGCCGCUGCGCGCGCUGCUCUCGCGCGGCGGCCCGGCGUCGGUGAACCCCGGCGCGUCCCCGCCGGCGGCGGCCGAGGAGAAGCGCGGCCUCGGGCUGCCGCUCAUCCGCAUGCUCCCCGUCGUCAGGUUCACGGCGGCGGAGGGCGCGGCGGCGCCGAGGAUCUCCGUGUCGGAGUGCGCCGUGUGCCUGAGCGAGUUCGCGGAGCGGGAGCGCGUCCGGCUGCUGCCCGGCUGCUCCCACGCCUUCCACAUCGACUGCAUCGACACCUGGCUGCAGGGAAGCGCCCGGUGCCCCUUCUGCCGCAGGGACGUCACCCUGCCGGCCCCGCACCAUCACCGGCCGCCGCCGCCGGCCUUUCUCCGUCGGGACGAGCGUCUCGCCACCGCCACCGACGACGACGAUGGCGGCGGCAGCAUCGUGAUCGAGGUGAGAGGGGAGCGCGAGAGGUGGAGCGACGGGAGGAGCGUCCGGAAGAAGAAGGCGGAGAGCGUGGGCGACGAGGCGGUGGACACGAGGAAGAAGGGGGAGUUCGCGGCGGUGCAGCCGAUGCGGCGGUCGCUGUCCAUGGACUCGUGCGACGCCAAGCAGCGGCAGCUCUACGUGUCCGUCGUCCGGGAGUUCCUCGCGCAGAGCUAGGAAGGCAAGUGCCAUCAUCAUAGCACUAGACCAGACCACACCAGACCAGUAGUACAUUCAUAUUAUUCUUUCUUCGAUCGUGUCGUACAUUAUUAGCUUUCCUACGUUGUUGUAGGCUUCGUAGCGUACGUGUAAAUGCGCUACUGGAUCGCGCCUACAUGCAAUGCAUGGCAUGGCGUUGGAGUCUAAUUUUUUUGUAGGCAGCCCAUACAUACACCGGCAAUGUAAUCAGGCCAAUUUUUGCCUA